AUGGCUCCAUCUGAUUCUCCACAGCUGUGGCGUGAAGUCCAAGUUCAAGAACAGAGGUUCCAGGGCUGGAGGCUGGGAACAGGAGGCCAGCAGUUCAGAGUGGUGCUGAAGAGCCAGGAGGCCCAGGUGCUGCAGCUGCAGAGAGACCAGCUGCUGGGCACCCUGUGCCAGGGCACUGAGGCCUGGUUACAGCUGGCCUCUGAAAAGCAGGCUCUUCAAUGGCAGUUCUCCCAACUAGUAAUGCAGCUGCAGGAGAAACACGAACAAGAAAACAAGGCCCUGGAGAACAUCUUCCAAGACCUGAAGAAGACCCAAGAAGUGGUGCAAUCCUCCAGGCUGCAGAAACAGCAAUCAGCCCCGGGCAGAGAUCUGGCACUGCCCCGGGAAGCCGAGCACCCUGACAUCUGCCCCAAACAGGGGCCAGUCCUUAAAAAGAGGAAUUAUGAGGAGGAGGACACACAGAAGGAGGAGGUGGAUGGACCAAUGGAAGAGGAGGAAGAGCAGGAGAAUCAGGAGGAAGAGGAGAAGUAUGAACAAGUGGAGGAGGAGGAGGAGGAGGAAGAAGUGGUGGAGGAGGAGGAGCGUUGUAAGCAGGAGGAGGAGGAUCAGUGAGUGGAGGAGGUGGAUGAACAAGUAGAGGAGCAGGAAGAGGCAGAGGAAAAGGAGGAGCAGCAGCCAGAAGGGCAGGAGGAGGAAGCGGACAUGGAGGAGGAGCAGGAGCUGGAGGAGCAGGAGUCGAGGAGGAAGAGGAAAAGGAGGAAGAGAUGCAGGCAGAGGAUCAGCAGCAGGAGGAGGAGGAACAUAUACACCAGCUGUUCCCAGUGAAGGGAGAGGAGAAGGAGGUGGUUCUGAUCCUGAAAACAGAUUGCAGGUCCGGUCAGGAUGAGUUUAAGGGCACUGCACAGAGCCGUGGCGAGGAGCCCACUGUGGGAUCCCCACCCACCAAGCACGCUGCAGCCUCAGAUGAGGAGUGCGGUCCUGGGAGGGAUGGGCAGGGGCAGGCAUGGCAAGGGGCACACACUCAGUGCCUGCUGCUCUCUCCCCAAAGAUCCUGCAGAGGGAAGCCCUGCACACACUGAGCAGCCUCCAGCUGAAGAGGCUGUGGCCUGGUGCCCCCCAGAACCCCAGCUGCAUGAGAGUGAGAGUCUGCACAGCGGACUGGCUUGGGCCUUCACCCCGAGUACAGUGGUUUCUGCUUUGGAACACGCUGAGGAGGAGGAAACCACAGGACCCAGUCUAAUCUAAAGAGUUUCACCAGCAGGUCCUGGGGAAGUGGGGCCGGGGCUGUGUGCCCUCUUUCCCCAAUUCAGUCCCUGCCUCUCCAUCCCUCUUCUCCUGACUUAUUUGCUCUGAUGUCUAGAGGAGCAAGAAAAACUCUACAAAUUUAUUUCUUCAUAAAUACAUUAUAAAUCCAAGGAUUCUUUAAAAUAUCAAAAAAUGUUAAUUAAUCUGCAUAAAAAGGAAAAACCCCACAAAGAUAUUUAAAUAAAAAUAUUAAAUGUUUUAAAUUUUAAAAUCUUUUUUAUUUUUAAGAGUAGAAC